AUGCCUGAAUCUCUUAACGCAAACGUUCUUGGACAACAUGAGAAUUACGAGAAGAUCAAGAUCAUCCACAAGGUACAUGUGCCUGAUGGGAGACUAGAGUCGCCACUGAUAGGCCCAAAAAGCUCCAUCCUCCGGCGUCAUGAAGCCAAUCGGCUGGCCCCUGGCCAUGCCGACAUCGACCGUGCAUUAGGGCGGAAGAUCAGCCCCCACAAGGCUGGCGACUACUUGAGAAGACCGCCAAGGGGAAAACCACGUCGUGUGCCAAAUUCGGGCUCGUAUGGCCGGUCACGACGACUCAUUGCUGUGAACUCGCCACCAUCGCGCCGUGAAUGGGAAAGGAAGAAUGGCAUGUCACAUCGGAGUGAAAGACAUGCUCAUUACGACGACGAUCACAGUUCUCCUAGGACUACUUACGGACAUCGCUCGCGUUUUGCUUCUUCCUCUUCGGAUUCAGAUCAUAAUGGUCGUCCUAAUCAUUCAAAAUACCCAAGACAGGUUAGGCUUAACAAGAAUUACGACGAUCCUGCAUAUGAGAGCUUUGGAGAGACUACAGACACUGAUUCCGACUAUGACUCUGUAUCGUCUUACGACUUCAUCUUACCAGGCUACGGAGAUGCAGACUCAUAUAAGGAAGGUACUCUACCAUCGAUGUCCGAUGACACAGAAAAGCUCGCGCUCUCACCUGAGCCGCCAAAGCAGCCCUUUUUAUCUAGAUCAAACACAACGGUAGAAGUCAUAGAAUCUAAAUAUACAGGAGAGACGACAAAUGAAGGGCUACGGUCUGCUCAAAUAGUCUUGAAGCAAGUGCAACCUCCAGAAACUAGGAAGAGAUCAUCCCCACUCUUUAGAUGGACUCAUUUUGAGCAUCCUAUCAUGGACUUUGAGGCUUUCAAGCAUGAAGUCGGCCAGAUUCAAGCUUUGACCAAGGUUCAAAAGACUGGACUUCACAGUUUCCUGGGGCGGGUCCAAAGGAAGUACGAUAAACCUGUUCAAACUUCAUUGGACGUUUCUGCAAGAUACAUGGAGCCUUCUCAUCUGGAAGACACACUUCCACCGGAACCCCAGGGUAAAGACUCAGCGUCCAGGACUGUGACGUGGCUAUGUCUACCGUACUUCUCGUUGGAGAGUUAUGCUGGGCAAAUGCCAGGUUCACGAUCCUCCUCACAUCCGAUCAGAACGUUGCUCCAGUUUCGACAUUUGCAGGUCAAGAAAGCGCGUGAUUUACAGCAGGCUGCGAUGUUUCAGGCCGCCACUCCCAGUGACCAUUGCUUUCAUGUUGCACAAAUUUGGUCUAUCAUUAUCGGAGAUUCUAUUUUGGUAACCUGUGGACGAAUGUCUUUACCCAAAUUACAGAGCGAGUCGAUCAGUAAUGUCUCAGAACUGACGGCCAAAAGCCUAGAAGGUCAACAGCGGUCCAUUGUCAUCUACAAUGGCAGCGCUUGCUGUUUUGCACUUCCGCUUGCUGAUUGCCGAACAUGGUCUGACUUCAUGUCCCAUUUUUGGGAAUACUUCCCACAAAGUUUGCAGUUUUUGGAUGAAAGCCGGGUCCUAACACCUGAAGAUUGGCCGAUGCUUUUGAAGCGAGCAGAAAAAAAGAGCAUCCGACUUGAUAUUCAAGAAAGACGGACUCCCCGAGAAUGGCAACUCGGCGUUGAAAAUAUUGAGCAGGUAGCUCUUGGCCAAUCGACUAGCACGCACACUAACAAAAACGGCCUCCGAAAAACCCAGAUGCCAAAAACGCGUCCAGGAUCGAUCGAACAAACAAGCGGAAAUACAUCUGAGGUUCAGGGAGGUCAUCCUCAGCAACAGUUUGCCUCGCAGAAACUUGAAAAUAAGGACCCUCAAAAUAGAGUUGAAGAUGACGCUUCCUCUGAUGAGGUAUCAGCAACUCUGCAGCACCGUUCGAACGCGUUCCAUGUCUUCGCAUGGUCAGGUAUCGGUAUGGGUGAAAUCGUUCGGGAGGACCCCGGCCAAGGCCUUCCAUCACGAGAAUCGGGCACACCGAAGCUCAGCAAGGGAGAUGCGUCUCAGGCUCAGCAAAGGAUACAUGAUGAUUUGAGUAGGGUCGAACUAUUUCUGAGCACUAGAGCCAGUCCGUCGGAUCGCAUACGCUAUCGAAAUUGUCCCCAACGAACAAGAGAGCAGGUGUACUUUGACCUCGCAGAGCGAAACAAACAGAUGUCCGUGGCGCCUGAGGAUCAAAAAUUUAUGAAAAAGUACGAAAUUGGAGUAGAUCUAGUGAAGGUGGCCGACUCGCUUUUUUGCUUUUUCCUACCGCCAAAAUAUCGGGGACCAACGGUGGACAAAUACUGGGGAGCAGUUGGGCGUCGCUUAAACGCAAAUGACUCCGAGGAUUCUGAAAAGGGGCCACGCGUUGGACCGCCCAAACGCAAGACUCGUGCAUCAGGGCGAUUCGAAUACGAACAAGACUCAUUCCUGCCUUCGUUGAGAGAUGAUGCCCAAAAGACGCAAACAUUCUCUAACCUCGUAUCUCAAAUACCACACAACAAACGUGCUUCCGCCAGAGUCCCUGCAGAAUUGCCGGAAGCUUGGCUUCACCUUCUCAGGAUUCUAGCGAAGAAGAAGACCACGAGAUAUUCUUCUGGGUGGAUCAAGUUCAAGAAUCUUUUAGAUGAUGGUAUGCGAAAAUUCUUGCUGGGUCUUGGAAACCCGAGCCUUGCACCUUAUUCGGUUUUUACGCCUUUCCAGGUUGUAUGUUUGAUCAGCUCCGAAUUUCUCAGAGGCAUGCCAAGUACUAUCCCAGGCAUUGAUGACAUAUAUACCGACUACAUAGAGCGUCUUGGCUCUGAUAUUGCAGCCAAUCCACUGGAUAGAAAGCACCAAGACAGGCUCAGAGAUGUCAAGCAAGAGAUUUCUGCCAUCUCAAUCCCGCUGGAUCGCCAACGUCAAGUUAUGAGAAAGCUUGCACCACAUCUCGCGGCCGGUUAUUACAGGUCUCAUUACGAAGGACACAAUCAGAGCCGCCUGACGAGCCAUAAAUCAAAAAUAAACUCCCAAAAUAUUGAUCAUUCCAGCUCUGAGCAACGAUCAAUCCAUCCAAGGCCAGCUGUUGAAGUCACAACUUUUGAUGACUCCACCGAUAGGCCCAUGGAUAUGGCUGAGAUACAGGACAUGUUGUGUCAAGACAGUCUUGAACUUCUCGACAAAAGGUGGCACUCAUUCCAAGAAAGCCUCCAUGCGGCAGAAGGACUUGAAGAAUGGCAACAAGAUCAGAUCAGUCUGAACAAGGAUUCUCAAAAUACCGCUAUAUACGCCUUUACCAUCGUGACCGUCAUCUUCCUCCCUCUAAGCACCGUCGCCACUAUCCUUGGUAUGAAUACUCGCGACAUCCGUGACAUGCGUUCCAGCCAGUGGGUUUUCUGGGCCGUAGCUCUUCCGCUGACCGCUUUCAUCAUUUUGAUUGGUCUAUCGUGGACGGGAAAGAUGCAGCACAUAUGGGACAGAUUGGGAGAGUUUUGGCAGGGCUCGAAUCGCAGGCAUCGGCAUUACAAAAGGAUGCAGCAGGAGGACUUUCGACAAGAUCGGAUAGGAGGCGAUCUUUACAUUCCAGAAAUUCGGAGACCACGGCCACCUCGUCGUCGGUAUUGA